AAAGGAUGCUUUCUUAAAUCGUGACUGGAGAGUGAUGAAAGAGUGUUCCGCCAUUUGAGUUCUCAGAUAAGAUGAAUUCUAAUGUUGACAACGAUUGCACUUCUAUCGCUGGUUCAAGUCGUCCGCCCAAACCUCUGUCUAUAAAACAGUUCAGAUAUGAUGGACUUUCAUCUCAAGAUCAUCCCAUGAAAAUCUCCUACGCCCCAUCUAGCCAUGGCUCCAUGAUCGUUUCAAAACAUGCCUAUCAAACAUCCCGUUUUAUAAUGCACAGAGACAGAGAUAACACCAGACCGGACAAAGGAAAAGAAGAGCUUCACACAGCCAGUAAUGGAGAUUGUCGAGUGAAGGAACACAACUCUCUUGUGACAUCCAAUUGCAAUGCUAAUCUACAGCAUCCAAGCGGCAAUGCUAAUCUACAGCAUCCAGGUGGCAAUGCUGAUUAUUGCAGUUCCAAUGAGCGCUCAGAAUCUAUGAGCUUUUUUUCAUUCCCAAAUGAAGCCUCUAUUGAUGUAUUAAAUGCCCAGUUACAGCCUAGAUCAGUUGCGAGCUGUUUUUCGAGCCCUCAAGAUAGUUUUUACACAGCCACACAGUUCUCAGAAGCUAAGCAAAGCCUCUCUAAUGCUGAAGAGACUGAAAAUGGGAGUAAUGCAUUCAAGACUGGUGCGAGUGGCGAAAUUAACAACUCAUGUGACUUUACUGAGAAAGUCAGUAUUGACAGUGAUGUUAGCAACGGUAGUGGCUCCCCGGGUUUAGGCAGUCCUAUGCACAAACGACACAGGGGGGCUGAUCACAGGUGGGAAGCAAUCCAAGCCGUGAGAGCACAAAACAGUGGUGCAUUGGAGUUGAAAAAUUUCAAGAUUUUUAAGAGAUUGGGACGUGGAGAUAUAGGCACCGUUCAUCUGGCAGAGUUGGUGGGCACUGGAACAUUUUUUGCCAUAAAAGUGAUGGAUAAAGGAACUCUAGAGGGUCGGAAGAAGAUCACCCGAGCUCAGACAGAAAGAGAGAUUCUACAAACUCUGGAUCACCCUUUUCUUCCAACUUUAUAUGCACAUUUUGAGACAGAUAAUCUGUCUUUCCUAGUGAUGGAGUUCUGCCCUGGCGGUGAUUUGCACGCACUGCGACAGAAACAACCUGGGAAGUUCUUCCCGGAGCAUGCUGCAAGGUUUUAUCUCGCCGAGGUUCUCCUGGCCUUAGAAUACUUGCACAUGCUUGGGAUUGUCUACAGAGAUCUCAAACCCGAAAACAUUCUGGUGAGGGAAGACGGGCAUAUAAUGCUUUCAGAUUUUGACCUUUCCUUGAGGUGCACUGUCCAUCCCACCUUAGUCAAGUCUGCCAAUCAAACCAUGGGGAAAAAGAAUUCGCGAUACUGCAUUCAGCCGUCAUGCAUCGAGCCGUCAUGCACUGUCUAUCCAGCCUGCAUCCAACCAACCUGUUUCAGCCCGCGCCUUCUUGGAAACAACCCCAAGAAAGAAAGGAAGCCAAGACCCAAACCAGAAACAUACAGCCAAGGCAACCCUCUCCCUGAACUGAUAGUCGAGCCCACAAAUGCCCGAUCCAUGUCAUUUGUAGGCACACAUGAGUAUCUAGCACCAGAAAUCAUCAAGGGCGAAGGCCACGGCAGCGCAGUGGAUUGGUGGACAUUCGGCAUCUUCCUCUACGAACUUCUUUUUGGUAAAACACCCUUCAAGGGGAUAGGAAACCGCGCCACCUUGUACAAUGUCGUCGGACAGCCUCUGAGGUUCCCGGAAACUCCCACAGUCAGCUUUGCCGCGAGGGACCUUAUCAGAGGAUUACUAGUGAAAGAACCUCAACACCGCCUUGCAUACAGGCGAGGCGCGACAGAGAUCAAGCAGCACCCAUUUUUUCAGAGCGUGAACUGGGCACUCAUACGGUGCGCCAGUCCUCCGGAGGUCCCCCCGCCGUUUACCCUCGAGGACGCCAGAGAACCUUCGCCGGAUUCCGGGAAGGCGCCAUGCUGCGAGGCAGAGCGUUCCGGUAAUUUCUAUGAGAUGGAUUGCUUCUAGUGAUUGAAGGUAGGAUGAUCUGAUGAUCAUUUUUGUGUGUGUUUGCUGAGAUAGUUCCUUCCAUCAUUAUCUUUGAGUGAAUUUUAUUGGAUUGGAAGGACUAUGAAUUUGUGUUGUUCAUAUCAUGUUC